AUGCCUGCCCACCACGAAGCCCUCAAAUCCACCCUUGAGAACCAGGGGCCUCAAGUUCCAUCUCAAGGCUGGUGGUGCCAAGUGGGAGUGCACUGUGCUCGACCGCGCUACUCACGAGAGGCGCAAGGCUGA